AUGGCUAUUCCCUGGUCGACGAUCAAGUCUCUCCUCCUCUUCCUCGGCCCCAUUGCCAUCCCCCGCGCCAUCGCCUACUACCGCGCCAGCAAGACCGCCUCCCAGUCGGCUGGCCUGACGGUGCGCCCCGUGCCACGCGCCAUCCGCUACGCCCUCGUCCUGCUCGCCGUCGCCGCCGCCGUGCUCGCCCUGCAGACGCUGCUGCCGCCGCUCGUGCCCGAGAACAUGUUUGCGCGCACCGCCAGCCGGCUGCAGAUCCCGGUCGACGUGCUGUUCCACCGCCUCGCCGGCUUGCGGCCGCUCACGCCCGCCGACGAGGUCCUCCGCGGCAAGUUUGUCAACCUCGAGAGCCGGCUGCUGUACAUGCAGUUUGGCCCGGGCGUGCUCGCCGGCUGCCCGUUCUGCACCGCCGAGGAGCCCAAGAGCUACCUGUACUAUGCCGUGCCCGGGCUGCUCUGGGUGCACCUCGCCAAUUUCUUCGCCGUCGCCCUCGUCACCAGCCCCUCGUGGACCGGCCGCUACGGCCGCCAGUGGCGCACCUGGGCCGCCAUUGUCGCCGGCGGCAUGGCCGCCAUCGACAUCUGGUUCCUCAGCAACUACAACUACCAGGCCAACGCCCGCGCCCUGCGCCUCGCCGACGUCGAUGCCUUUUACUGGGGCGCCCGCGCCACCCGCCUCUGGGCCCUCGCCGUCUUCGACGCCGUCCUCGGCUACGCCAUCUACCUCUCCGCCACGAACCGCGCCUUUAUCCAGAUGCCGACCCCCGCUGAGCGCGUCGAGAAUGUGAACCGCGCGCUGCACGUCGCCAAGAGCAAGAUGAGCGCCCUCGGCAUCAUCAAGAAUACGACCCAGCGCGACACGGAACUGCGCCAGCGCAGCGACGCCUACUGGAGCCACGAGGUCCGCCUCGUGUCCGAGGCCAUGGAGGAGCGUGAGGUCAUCGAGGGCGUCUCUGACGCGCUAGAGAACAGGCUGAAUAUCCAACAUAUCACCCGUGACGCAGAUUCAUAUACCGCUCUGGUUAUGCAAGAAUUUUAA